ACUCCAUCACGCAGCACAUGUUCUCAUAAUCUUGGGAUUAGUAUGAGAUUGAUGUAUACCUUUUCAACUCCAGCUAAGCUACUAGCUUCCCUCCUGGAGAAAAAGGUAUCAAAUAAUACAAAAUUUGGAACCAAUGAUACCCCAGAAUCAAUAAUGGAACCAAACAAGGUGAAUGAAUUUUCUUCUAUUGAAUCUGAAACUCUUGAUCCCUGUGGCUUAAAACUACAAAGACCAUUGUCACGGACGUCUUAUGAAAGGAAUGAUGAUCAAGCAGAUUGGUCUAAACGAUUAAAGGUGGAUUUAGAUAAAUAUUAUGCUCUGGAGUCCGUUGACUUGUUCUGUGGAUAUCCAUGGAACUCUGCAUUGAUGCCUAAGUCAUGUUCAUUUAGCCGCUGCAACAAGGUUAUGCAGGAAGGUGGACAUGUGGUCCAUGGAAACUGGCAAGCUCAGUCGGUGGAAGUUUCAAGAACUAGAACAGGAUAUUUGCAAGAACUGUGGAAAGUUCACAUGGAGUCCUGUGUUGAUGCCUCACCGCUUGUUGUGUUCAAAGGUUCUGAUAUUUAUUUAUUUAUUGGAUCUCACUCACAUAAGUUCCUCUGCAUUAAUGCCAAAAGUGGCUUUACCCAGUGGGAAACCAGACUACAAGGACGAGUUGAAGGUUCUGCAGCAAUUAUAGGAGACUUCUCUCAGGUGGUUGUGGGAUGCUACGAUGGAAACAUAUAUUUUCUUGAGUUUUUAAAUGGCAACAUUUGUUGGACUUUCCAUACAUCUGGUGAGGUGAAAUGCCAGCCAAUUGUGGACGCACAUAGGGGAUUGAUCUGGUGUGGAUCACAUGACCAUAACUUAUAUGCUCUUGAUCAUAUAAAUAAGUGCUGCUUAUAUAUGCUUCCUUGUGGCGGUAGUAUAUUUGGAUCACCUGCAGUUGAUGAGGCACGUAGUGCACUUUAUGUGGCAUCUACUAGUGGCCGUGUGACAGCUAUUUCAAUUAAGGAAUUGCCGUUUUGCACGCUGUGGUUACAUGAACUUGUGGUGCCAGUAUUUGGGUCACUUUCCAUCAGUUCUCCAAAUGGAUAUGUCAUUUGUUGCUUGGUGGAUGGUCAUGUUGUUGCAUUGGAUUCAAGUGGAUCCAUUGUUUGGAAGAGGAGAACCGGUGGUCCAAUAUUCGCUGGGGCUUGCUUAUCUUCUGCGCUUCCUUCUCGGGUGCUAAUCUGUUCCCGGAACGGAAGUGUGUAUUCCUUUGAAAUGGAAAAAGGUGAACUACUCUGGGAAGUAAAUGUUGGAGAUCCAAUCACUGCAUCUGCCUAUAUUGAUGAGAACUUACAGUUGGUUUCAAACGACCCCUCCAUUUCAGCUGAAAGAUUGGUUUGUGUUUGUACUAGCUCUGGAGGCAUAUUUUUGUUUCAAAUCAACUCGGACGAAGGGAUCAGAAAUCAUCAAAGAAAAUAUGUAGUGCGGGAAUUUGCAAGGCUUAAGCUGGAGGGGGAUGUGUUUUCUUCACCUGUUAUGAUCGGAGGCAGGAUAUUUGUCGGUUGCAGGGAUGAUUAUUUGCAUUGCAUUGCAUUGCUGUUGAAACCCGAGACUUAGUUGGACUAUCGCCGAGGUUCGUGUUUGAUCUUCAGCUCUGGAAAAUAGGUUUAUGUCAACCAACAGCUAUCCAAACAUCUUAGCUGCAGACCAGCAGACAUGUUGGAGCAGACUAGAGAUGGAAUUACAAUGUCAACAAUAAAUCUU